CAAGGCCGCAUCAUCGAGCCCGGCAGCGCUUACCGUACCAACGUCACGUUGAUCGACGGGCUGGCUUUCCCAAGCGGGUUGCCCAGGGGGAGGAUUCAACGUCGCGGCCAUGAGACGAACCCAAGAUGGUGGUGGGCUCUGAGACUUGUCCACCCCUCCCCUGGCGUAGAUGAUGGGGAUGCCGCGAGUAUGUUGUAUAUAACUCGGCGCCUGCUCUUCUUGCUCAACCGUUGGAGAGAGAGAGAUUAUUUUCUGUCUUUAUGCCAUCACCGUUUUCCUUCUCUUUCGUUCAGUUCUGGAAACUUUCUGUAUUUCUAUCAAAUCUUCAUUCUUUUCAUUUCUUCAACUAGGCUCUUUGUCCAUUAAGUGUUCUCUUGGGCCGGCCCUUCUUUUGAACAUUUUAAAUCUUUAGUAUACACUCUACCUUCUCGAACAAAAUCCGAAAACGAGAGUCUCCUUCGAAACCUUCGCAACAAUGAAGUUCCAAACCUCCACCGCCCUCGCGGCCCUCGUCGCCUUCGCCUCCGCAGAAGUGCCCCAAGAGCACUCCCACGAGAAGUACCUCCGCGCCGUCAACGCCCUCCUGAAGCAAGACAACCCAAACAACAUCCAAGACGCAGUCUUCGGCCUCCUCGGCAACGCCGCCGCCGCCGCGGGCGCGGGCGACGUGACCAACCUCGACUGCCUGCACCAGACGACGGCCGACUCGGCCUUUACCACGGCCAAGGCCGCAGGCGACGUCGACGGCAUGGCCAGCGCGCUCGUCUUCCGCGCCGUGGAGCGUAACACGGGCAAAGUCGGGCUCAAGAGCGUGCUGUGCAGCGAGACAGCCGCGAACCCCGAGAUUGCGGCGCUGAGCCAGCAUCAGGAUCCGGCUUCGGAUGGGGCAGCUAAGACGAAUAAGGCUAUCACGUUGGAGUUGGCCAAGCAGCUUUCUGCUAUUGGGGCUGAUCCGCAGCUUGCGCUUGAUGCCGGUACCUUCGAGCCUGGUGAUGUCAACGACAACACCGGAGCCGGUAACACCUGCGACGAUGCCAAUGAUACGGAGGGAUGCAUCUUUAGCCAGAACCUCAUUGUCAAGGACGCCACCCCAGAGGAGAUUGAUGCCGCUGUUGCUGGAGGUGCCGGCAACGCCAAGUCCGGCGGGACCAACUCAACCGGCAAAGCAAGCCGCUCACGCAACAAAAGCGUCCUGAGCCGUACCAUCCUCUCCCAGCGCGAUAUCGAGGGCACCAGCGCCUCCGCCUCCGAGAUGACCCGUCGCCAGUCCAAGAACAAGAACAAGAACAACAACAACGCCGACGCCAGCGCCAACAACAGCACCGCCGACGCAGCCACAGGCACGACGAACGUCCAAACCUUCACCGGCACCCUCGGCGGCCCCGCUCCGCCCGUGACCUCGGACCCCUCUGCCGACAAGCCCUUCUCCGUCAACGGCGCAACCUUCCUCAACGCAGGCGCGGCCCUCCAGCGCUCCUGCGCGGUCCAGCACAACGCCUGCGCCAACGCCGCGAACUCUGGCUCCGGCGACAUUUCCGUCUCGGACUGCGACGCGCAGGAGGACGACUGCCUCGCGGCCUCGUCGCAGACCAAGCUCCGUCGCGCGUCGGGUCUGAACGCGCGCGGUGCGAGGAGGAUGAGGAUCGCGACGACGGCGCUGUUGAAGGGUCGCCAGGCGUUUGAGUUUGGCGAGUGCCAGGACCCGAGUAUUGAGUUUGCUGAGGGUCUUGAUGGGCGCAAGGAGGCUUCGUUUGCGCCCGCGGGUGACUUUGAGCACGGUAGUGCGUUGAACAUUGGUGUGAUUUCGGGGUUCAUUUGUGGGCAGUUGGAGAGCCGGUGUCAGGCGGAUGAGGCUGCUGUUGCGGCUUGUCAGCAGGGUGAGGCUGCUUCCAAGGGGCUGAAGGGGCAGGCUGCUGCUGAUGCGUUCAACUCUGCUUUGGGACUUUGAGGGGUUGAAUACUUAGGGUAUGGUGUUGAUCAAUGAGAGGGAAG